CACCAACUUUCUCCAACAAGGAUCGAUCGAUCGCCGUAAAGCAUGCCCGAUAUGGCCCCGCUAAGCUGCUGUCAGACUAGGCCACCCGCUAAGCCACUCGACUGCGACCGCAACGCGGCCUAAUAUGAACUUUUUAGCAGCAUUGUGCUGAAGAGAAUGAUCCAAUUCCCACUCAGUCAUGUUGGGGGCGAAACCUAGUUCCCCCUUUAUCAACAAAUCGAGGAAAUAAAACCAGGUAGGUAACCGACCCGGUUGACAAUUCCUCACACAGAAUCUCUACCAGUUCACUGAACCUUUAUCAUCAUGAACCGGUACCUGUCUAUCCCCCUGUGCUUGGCGAGCGCUGUUCCUGCGCUAGCGGGUCUGGCGGCCCGCGACCCCAUUGGCACCAUCUGCACCAAGAACAACAUCAUCACCACCGACGACUUCAUCCUCUACAACAAUCUCUGGGGUGAGGAUUACGCUACUUCUGGCUCGGAGUGUACCUACCUCGACUAUGACAGCGGCAACUCCAUCUCGUGGCAGACGUCGUGGACCUGGGCCGGCGGUGAUGACUACGUCAAGAGCUAUCCCAAUGCCGUCUUGAACGUCGGUGCCAAGCAGCUGAGCACGAUCACCACGAUUCCUUCUACCUGGAAGUGGAGUUAUACCGGCGACGACCUCGUCGCUGACGUCUCCUACGAUGCCUUCCUGGCCACCACGGACUCCACAACGGCCACCCACGAGUAUGAAAUCAUGAUCUGGCUCGCCGCCUACGGAGGCAUCGAGCCCAUUGGAAACUCGGACGGUCCUAUCGCCAGUCCCACUAUCGGUGGCCACACCUGGGAUCUCUACGAGGGACCCAACGACUGGACAGUGUAUAGUUUCGUGGCCCGCGAGACUAUCACGGACUUCUCGGCGGAUCUUAUGGAGUUCUUCACUUAUCUAGUUGAUAAUGAGGGCGUCUCGUCGAGCUUGUAUCUGCAGACUUUGGGUGCGGGUACGGAACCGAAGACGGGCUCUGAUGCUUGGUUCACGGUUGCGCCGUACACGAUUAGCAUCAACACUUAGUAGUUGAGGUAGAUUGAGAGUUACGGCCGAG